CUUUGCUGGCCUUUGUUGUGCGCAACAGAAAAUACAAGCAGAUGGCAAGGCAAAGCAGAGACUGACAAGCUGCGGAAAGAAUAUUUUGAUGCAAAUCGGCGCGCGCAACCCAUUUUUGGCAAUCUCAUCUUCGCCGCAACUGCUUCCCGCAUAUUUCUCUGCCAGUCCCAGUUCUGAGCCCGCAGGCUCUGCAGACGUGCGGAAGAGCUCAGGUAUGGCUCGUUUACGCGAAGGCAAGUCCACUACCAAGCCCCGAACGCAGAGUGAUGGGAAGAACAAAGCGAAGGGAAAGGCGAAGAUCAAUAAAGGCAAUGAACCGUCCGAGCUCGUAACAGAUGCACAACCUGAAGACCCAACGCUACUGAAAGAUGUUUCCUCAUUUCUCUCAGAUCUCACACUGGGCCGGCAACCUGAACGAUCAUCUCCCGUCGCCAAAAAAGCUGCCAAGCAAAAGCACGACAGCGAGAGACAGAAAAGGGAUUCCAAAACGAGCCCCCAAACCCGGAGGAGGCCGCAGGCUGUAGAAGCCGCGUCCUCUAACUCCUCUCCCGAAAAAUUGCAGACCAAUGCAGCAUCCUCCGCAUCUCUCACUUCAGGUUCUGUACCUUCACAUAAACGGCAUAAAUUCAUUGUCGAGCCAAAUUCGCGUUGGUACGCUACUGCAUCAGCACUUGUCUCUCCCUCUUCUCCUUCCCCUGCUCCGACACCGUCACAGCUCUCGGAACUCUCUUCACGCGCGGCUCGUCUCCUUGCGCAAGACGCAGAAGCGUAUCAUGCAUCCAAUGCUGGCGUCGGUUCGAGCGGAGACGCCAAAUUUUUGGAGACGGUGCUCAAGGGCGGAACAUUGAGUGAUCGGCUGAGCGCGCUCACGUUGCUGGUGCAAGGGAGCCCGGUGCACAAUGCACGCCCACUGGAAACACUACGGGGCAUGAUGGAGAGGAAGGGAGGUGGAGGACGGGAGGAGGGCUUGCGUGCGGCGAGGUGCGUUGUUGAUUGGUGGGUUGGAGGAGGAGGGCCGGGCAGGAAGUUGAGAUAUUUUCGCGAUCAACCACUGCUUAAUCCUGGCGUGACGGAUGUGCACCUCGCGUUAUGGUAUUUUGAGGACUGGCUGAAGAAGUACUUCUUCAGUGUGCUCCAGGUCUUGGAAGUAUUCACCCUUGAUCCGCUACCCUAUGUUCGCACGCAAUCCCUUGCAUUCAUUACUACUCUCCUUCGCGAACAACCUGAGCAAGAACAGAACCUUCUCCGACUUCUCGUGAACAAGUUGGGCGAUACCGAGAAGGCAGUAUGUUCGCGCGCAUCGUAUCACCUGUUGCAGGUGCUUCAGGCACAUCCGGAAAUGAAGGCGGUGAUAGUGCGCGAAGUGAAGGCGCUCGCCUUCCGGCCUGCGUCCUCCGCAGCUUCCUCAACUGUGCACGCGGGAAAAGCCACCGAGAAGAAACAGGGAACGCAUAUCAAAUUCACGGACGAGCCCAGCGUCGAAGGCAAGGCAAAGAACAAGGAUCAGACGCAGCGCGGCCAAGGCCGAGGGAAAGCCCUGGAGCGAUGGAAUUCGCAUGCUUGGUAUCACAUAUCUGUGACGCUAAACCAGAUUGUGCUCACUCCAAGCGAUGCGAACCAGGCGGUGGCGCGGAUGCUGAUCGCGAUGUAUUUCGAAAUGUUCGAAGAGGUUUUAGGCGCCGAGAGGAAGAACGGAACGGGAGAAGAGAAGAAUGCAGGCGAUGUGGACAGCAAAGGCGAAGGACAGGAUGAGGAGGGAAGCAAGAGGAAGGACAAAGGCAAAAAGGCACGGCAGAAGGAGGUGAAGGGUGCUGCUGGAUUUGCAGAGGUAGAGGAUGCAACUUCGAGGUUGGUGAGCGCAAUCUUGACAGGCGUGAACCGAGCGUUGCCGUUCGCAAAGGAGGACGCGGCCAGCGAUGAUAUUUUCAAGGCUCACAUCGACACCCUCUUCCUCAUCACACAUACCUCCACGUUCAACAUCUCGCUCCAAGCACUCACGCUCAUCUUCCAUAUCACGUCCUCACUUGCUUCGCAUUCGUCAUCGACAAACUCGUCGGCGGCAGCGUUUGCUAACUCACUCACCGAUCGCUUCUACCGUACUCUCUAUACCUCGCUUACCGACGUUCGCUUGGGCGAGUCGAACAAGCAGGCAAUGUACCUAAACCUGCUGUUCAAGGCAUUGAAGGCGGAUAAAAAUAUUGAGCGCGUCAAGGCGUUCGUCCGCAGAUUUGUGCAGGUCCUCACUGUAGGUACCGGGGGUGGAGGUAGUGCGGAAUUUGUCACCGGAGGAUCGUAUCUGCUCGGCGAGCUGUUCCAAACCGUGUCGUCCUUGAGAGGCCUCUUGAACGGGGAGAGGAGAAGCAAGGUUAGUGAGGCAGAGACGUAUGACCCGCGGAAGCGCGAUCCUCAAUUCGCGCAUGCAUCUGCAACUCCGAUGUACGAGCUGCUUCCACUGUUGCAUCACUACCAUCCCGCAGUCUCCCUGCAUGCGCGACAGCUUCUAACGUCUUCUCCCAUCACCGCCUCGCCAGACCUGGCGCUCAACACGCUAUCGCACUUCCUCGACCGCUUUGUCUACAAAAAUCCAAAGAAGCCAAAAGCGAAGGGCGCAAGUGCGAUGCAACCUGCUUUCUCUGCGAACGAUCGUUCUGGGAGUGUGAAGAUGACGAAAGGGGAGGUCGCGGAUGAGGGGGGAUUGAUGGUCAAUGAGGAGAGCUGGUGGAACCGGAGAGUGGAGGACGUGCCGGUGGAUCAGGUAUUCUUCCAUAAAUAUUUCACGAGGAAGAAGGAAAGAACAGACGAGAAGGCUGCAAAGGUGGGGAAGCGCAAGGGUCGUGGAGACGCCUCGGAUUCAGAAGGGUCCACUUCGAAUAAUGAAGAGCCGGAGGCUGCUUCAGGUGACGAGGCUGGUCCUGCUGACCAUGAUGAGGAGGAGGAAGGUGAAGACAGCGACGAAGAGGAGACGGAGAUUUGGAAGGCCAUGAAAGCGACCAUGCCUGCAGAGCUGGAUGAUGAUGGUUUGAUGGAGGGCAGUGAGGAUGAGGAUGAAGACGAAGUACCCUUGGACCUAGAAUCUGGCGGCAAUGACGACGAUGAGGACGAUCAAGUUGAGCAGUCAGAAAAGGAAGCAGGCAAGGAUGAAGCUCACAGCGAGGCGGACGAUUUCUCGUUAGCGGAGGCCUCUGAUGCUGAAGACCUGCUCCCGCUUGACACAGAGAUCCCGAUGGGUCUGGUCGAGUAUGACGGUUCUGAUGCGGAAGGCUCUGAUCAAGAGGAGGUAUGGGGUGGCAUUGGUGAGGACGGCUCGAAAGCAAAGAAGCGGAAACGCGGUGAAGAGAAAGGCAGUGCAAGGAGCAGGAAGAAGAAGCUGAAGAGCCUCCCGACCUUCGCAAGCUAUGAUGACUACGCCCGAAUGAUCGAGGAUGGGCCAGAAGACAAUGUUUGA